AUGAAGUAUACCUCUGCUCUCCUGGCCUUGGCUGCCACCGUCAUUGCCACCGAUGACUGGGAUCACGACAAGGGCAAAGACAAGACCAAGACCAUCACUACGGAGAUCACCACGACGAUAACAACUCUGUGCCCGAUCACCAAGACGCACCAUGGGCCUGGCACGACCUACUACGAGACGGUCACCGAGACUUCAACUCUGACGACCAAGAUUCCAACUGUGAUCUAUGAGACAGUUCCCGGACCUACUGAGCACGUCACCAAGACUGACACGGACUACACCACGUACACCAGCUGGUGCCCGAUUACCAAGACUGUGACUGGUGAUGGCCACACAUAUGUGACCACCGUGACUGAGCUCUCAACCAUCAUUGAGAAGAAGCCCACCAAGGUCUACGAGACUGUUCCUGGCCCAACAGCCGUCGUCACCGAGACCGACAAGGAGUUGACCACCAUCACCAAGUUCAUUCCGCACACCAAGACCAUCACCCAGGAGGGGAAGACCUACACCACCACAAUUACCGAGACCGAGGUGAUCGUGACGAAGGUCCCCACGAAGGUGUACGAGACUGAGAAGCUUCCUGAUGUCACCAAGACGGAGAAGGACGUUGAGUACACGACUUUGACCACUCUUUGCCCCGUAACGGAGACGAAGAUCGUCGAUGGUCACACUGAGACGAUUGUGUACACCACGACCUCCACCAUCGUGACCAAGGUCCAGACGACAGUGGAUGUCUACACCACCCUCAAGACUACCAAGCACGUGGAGACCGAAGUCUACGAGACCAUUACGAAGCCCGAGACCACCUACAAGACCGUCGAGCACGGCGAGACGAUCUGGGUCACGAGCACGGGCACGAAGAAGAUUUACGUCACUGCCCUGAAGACCAUCACUGAGGUCAUCCCCGUAACCUCAACAAAGCACAUCGACGUCACUGUCCCUGUCACUGUUGGAGGCGAGGAGGUCGUCACUCAAAAGUCCUGGGUCUUCGUCACUGUCUCCGGCACCGUCCACCAGACUUUGACCAACGCCCCCUCGACUGUCGUAGUCCCGACAACAAGUGCUGUCACGGUUCCGGGAACGGCUGCGUCAACAGCCCCGGUUGUUGUCCCUACGGCUGCCGCCAACGCCCAGAAGGCUCCUGCUGCGGCCUUCUUGGCCGGCCUCUUCGGCGCCGUCGCCCUUCUGUGA